UGACGGCAACCAGGCACGCUGAAGAGGUGGUUUCAAAAUACAGUUUUGGCCUGAAUCCAUUGGUCACCCAGCUUGAGCCUUCUCAGUGGCAAAAUACUCUCUGUGAGCCUUGAUAUCGCCGAGCAGCACGAAACUAAUCACUUCCAAGUCAUCGUUCUGGGGCUAGAGAACGUUCUCUCUGCAUUCUGCUCGUCUCGCUCUCUCGCUCUGUCGCGUCGCAUUUCGAGUAAACCUGCUGGGUCGCGUGGUCGAGAGCGUGCUCUUUUCCCUGCUUGGCGUCGUCAAUCCUUCAGUUGACUAUUUGAACGGCUGAACUAUAACUCAAGAAUCGCCCAUGGCUGCGGCCCUCGCAUCCAGCCAUCGACUCACGAGCCUCGCCCUGCAGCGAUCCUCGUCCAAUCCGAACCCGCCUCUAGCGUCGCCGGCGCCCGUAGCCGCGUUUCUGACACGCAAUCACAACCACAGCUGCGGUGCUACAAACACGAGCAGGGCGGGCAGCAGAAGUAUCAGCAGCAGCAGGAGCAGCAGCAGAUGCAACAGCCAUGGAUGGCGCAGUAGUGCCGCCCCGUUCAGUGCGUCAGGCCCGUCCAGAAUGCGAGCCGGAGCAGCCUUUGCAGCGGCUCAGGCAGAGAGCGCCACGUCAGCAGAGCCACAGGAGAUUGACACGUGGCAGGUGAAGGUGCUGUACGAUGGGGACUGCCCAAUCUGCAUGAAGCAGGUUGAGUUUCUUUCUGCCCGCAACAAGCAGUACCAGACUCUUAAAUUCGUGGACAUCUCGACAGAGGAUUAUGACCCCGACGAAAAUGGAGGAGUCGAAUAUGAGGAGGCCAUGGGCCACAUGCAUGGGGUCAUGCGUGACGGCACUGUUGUCAAAAGCAUGGAUGCCUUUCGCAGCUUCUACGAUGCAGUGGGCCUUGGUUGGAUCAUUAACGUCACCAACUUCCCCCCGAUAGCAGUGGUGGUGGAUGCAAUGUACGAGCUUUUUGCGAAAUACCGCCUCCCACUCACUGGUCACCCGGGCAUCCAGGCUGCGUUUGAGGAGCGCAAACGGACCAAGUAUGGCAUCAAGGGCUGCACAGAGGAGGACCCCUGUGAAGUGGAAUACUGAUAGUUCAAGUGGAGCGCCAAUGGGUUUAUGUGGAUGCCAACUACUGGUGGUAUAGGACUGUUGGGAGACAGACGAGAGUACCGCAUUUCAGGUUCACCUUGGUAGCUUCCAGUGUAAUUAUGGCUUUCAAACGGGGCACAUAGUCCCUUUUACCAACAUUGUGAUUGCCAAGUCAUACUCUUGAUUGUUAUCUGGGCAUGCUGGUCUUGUUUGUUCGGCACUGCAUGUGCAAUGUGCUGGGGCUAUAUGAGUGAACAUAGUUCCU